GUUGUCCGAUCCGAGCGCCUGCGCCGAUCCGGGCCGCGGCGGAGCGGAGCCCGAGCGUGGCAGAAGCCGAGCGGAGCGCGCGGCGGAGAAGCUGACCCCCCGGCCCCGCGCCGCCGCGGAAGGCCCGGCAUGGAGGAGGAGUGCCGGGUGCUCUCCAUUCAAAGCCAUGUCGUCCGCGGCUACGUGGGCAACCGGGCGGCCACGUUCCCGCUGCAGGUUUUGGGGUUUGAGGUCGAUGCGGUCAACUCUGUGCAGUUUUCAAACCACACAGGCUACUCACACUGGAAGGGCCAAGUGCUGAACUCAGGCGAGCUCCAGGAGCUAUAUGACGGGCUGAAACUGAACAGCGUGAAUCAGUAUGACUACGUGCUCACAGGCUACACACGAGACAAGUCCUUCCUGGCCAUGGUGGUGGACAUCGUGCAGGAGCUGAAGCAGCAGAACCCCAGGCUCGUGUAUGUGUGCGACCCCGUGAUGGGAGACCAGCGCAACGGAGAAGGCGCCAUGUAUGUUCCCGAUGACCUCCUCCCCGUUUACAGAGAGAAGGUGGUACCCGUCGCAGACAUCAUCACCCCCAACCAGUUCGAGGCUGAGUUGCUGACUGGGAGAAAGAUCCACAGCCAGGAAGAUGCCUUAGAGGUGAUGGACAUGCUGCACUCCAUGGGCCCGGACACGGUGGUCAUUACCAGUUCAGACCUGCUGUCCCCGAGGGGCAGUGACUACCUGAUGGCGCUGGGGAGCCAGAGGACUCGGGCUCCCGAUGGCUCCAUGGUGACGCAGCGCAUCCGCAUGGACAUGCACAAGGUGGAUGCGGUCUUCGUGGGCACCGGGGACCUCUUCGCUGCCAUGCUUUUGGCAUGGACACACAAGCACCCCAACAACCUCAAGGUAGCCUGUGAGAAGACUGUGUCAGCCAUGCACCACGUUCUGCAGCGGACCAUCAAGUGUGCAAAAGCCAAGUCUGGGGAAGGCGUGAAACCCAGCCCCGCCCAGCUGGAGCUGAGGAUGGUGCAGAGCAAGAAGGACAUCGAGAGCCCCGAGAUCGUCGUGCAGGCCACGGUGCUGUGAGAGCCUCGCGAACCCGCCUCCGUCACUCCCAGUGUUAGGUGUCUCCGUUUCCGACCUUGUGAAAAAUGUAACGUCUGCCUUAGAGGUGUGACUGAAACUUGGUAUUUUUUUUCUUUCGUGAGUGUCCAGCAUCCACUGGUCUUAAUUGUGAAAAUGUGCCAGUCGUGCUUUUUAAAAAUAACAAAGUGAUCACAGAGAUGUGUAAUUUGGGACCCCCAGCUCCCCUCCCCCACGGUUCCUGGAAAACCAGCUCCGUGUUCAGGUCUCCGGGCCCCGGGCUGGCUUGGGGCACAUGGCAUGGUCCCCUUCCUGAGCGCGGGGCCCAGGGAGACCACGGUGUCCGCCUCUCGCAGCGAGUCAGGGGUUAGUGUUCAUGUCCAGAAAAAUGAUGUACCUGUCUUUAUCCCUGCUCUCAGCUCGCCUUCUGUGUUCCCCGUUCAGAAUGUUUUGCCUCCUGCCCUGCUGCAGGGCAGCCCCUGUGGGUUUCAGGGUCUCUGCUUCUGUUCUUGGUAAGAAUGAGUUCCUGAAGCUCAGACGCACAAACGCUGCACAGUCACUUUGGCGGGGACCUUCCCAAGACCCCGGAAGUCUGCACGUCUCUCGUGUUUCAGGCAGGGGGACUGCCUUGUAACUCAGCGUCGCUAGGCACCCCCACGGGACAGAGGCUGGAGUGUGGCCGAGGGCGCCUGUGGGCCGAGGGCGCCUGUGGGUCUUCAGGCUCCUUAUGGUUGAGCCAGUCGGUCGCAUGCUGUGCAUUUGCCACCCACUGCUGGUGACAGGUGUGUCCAGAAGGCAGAGGUGGGCUCCUGCCCGGCCCCCCGCUGGUGUGUGCAACCCCAACCCCCAGUCAUCUUGUCCCCGUGCCCGCUGCUUCUCUGUGUCCCUUGCCCGCCAGGUGCCGGGAAGCAAGGUGCAGCGCCGCCCCCCCAACUGUGGGUGGGGCGCCGGUCCUGACACCAGUCCAGUCGUCCGCUGCUCGGGUGACCUCCCCGGCUCCGCUCUGCCCAGAAUUUUGAGGACCCUCCCCCAGCAUGGAUGCAGGUGGGGUGUCCCCAUGCUCAGAGCCCACCCCCGACUCUGGAGCCUGUGGGGUUUGCACCUCUCAGAAACCCACAACCUGGAGGGAAGCAGGGAGACUACAGGAUAUUCGGGCCCAGAUGGGCAUCCCUGGGGAAGCAGGCUCUCCUAGGGCAGCCCCGGCCCCACAGGCAGGCCCCCUCCUGAGGCCGGGCCUGUGUCUCCAGGAUGCUCACUGCCUCAGGGCCGCCUUCUUCCCUGUGUUGAAGAUGCCCCCGGAUGAAGGCAGGCUGGUCUCCCCAGGACGGUGUGCACCCACUCUCGUCUUUCUCCCCCACUCCGCUCAUGUUCUGAAUGUUGUAACUCGGGCAUUAGUUCCUCUGUACAGGGUCAGGGUUCUCAGCUCCCUGCAGUGGCCAGCGGGUCAGGGCACGUGUCCCUGUCCUGUUUCCUGGUCCCUGCAGGGCCCGCUGGCCUAGGAGGCGCAGGAAGGCCUGGCGGGGGACAGCCCCCCAGUAGGGCGGCCAGGGACCCACCAUAGUCCCACAGGGCUCUGGCCUUCACAGAGCCCUUCGUGGAAAAGAUAGUCACUGCCAACUAGAGCUGGGAGAUGGCCACACCGCCAGCCCAUGGGAAAUCUUUUUUUUUUUCCUGUUUCCUGUUUUUAAAAAAAAAAACCAAACCUUAGGGAGAGCAAGUGUAAGAUGACUUACACUUUUAAGCAAGAACCUUGAUUAUCUCAACAAGAUGGUGAAAACCCGCCCUGAAAACAUGGUGUUGGGGUUAGCAGCUUGUUUUGUGUCCACUGUGAAGUUAAAGAAAAAUGCACUUGGCAAACAGUGUGCUUUCUUAGUCCUGGCCCCCACUGUGGAUUUAACUCUUAAUUCUCAGAAUCAUACACAGAACAAUCAGAGCUGCUCCACCGGUAAAACCGUGAGCUCUUCCGUCUCCUUGACCUAUGAAGCCACAGCUGUGAGGAGAGGCCAGGGCCCAAGCCCCGUGCGCUCGGAGAAGGAAACUGGGGCUCCUGGGAGUGUCUGGGGUGCUUGGGACCCACAGAGAGACCCUUAGCUUCUGUGAGAACCACCUCCCCACCCAAGCAAAGCGCGCUCUUUGUCUGUUGUGAUGUUGCUGAACCUGUGUAUCUCAGGCGCCUUCCCCUGGGGAUCUAGUCCAUCUGUCGUGACAACAGCAGAGGCCCUGGCUGUCUCUUCAGAAUUUCCCAUCCAGAACUUACCCGAGCCUGGUAGCAGUGGGUUCUGAUACAGUUGGGGUCCAAGUUAGAAUUACCCUUUUUAUUUUUUUUUACUUUCUAUAGUUGAGUAACAUAGAAAAUAGUAAUUUAAGAUGAGAGCUAUAUUGGCCCUGAAUUGCUUGCUUAUUCCCUGGGUGUAGAUUUCAGACCUUCUUUCUCCUGGAGACCUUAGAGACAGAUUACAAAACAUGGUCCUUCUUCUUCAACCAGCCUUGAAUCAGUGCCAAGUCCUGCAGAGGUAGCCAGGCUAGUCUGCGCUGUUUUUGUGAGCAGUGUCAGCAAUGGUAGAAAACGAUGCUCUGUUAUCCUUAAAUUUGUCAGACCCAGUCUUUAGAGUGUGUUUAAUUUCACAGUGGCUGAGCCUGUCUUGGGGCUUCUGACCUUCUCAUUGCUCAGACCUCCUGUUCACUCCUCAGUUGAGAAUUGAACUCACUCCUCAGUUCUCACCGUAAAGGAGAGGACACUGUUCUGUCUGGAGGUCCCUGGACCGCGCUGAGCAACCACCCUCUCAGGACCACCUGCCUGGGGCGGUGGGGGCCCCCGUCUGUGAAUCACUGUGCCUGUGACCACAGAACUGGGCUGUGCUCCAAGCCAGAAUAGCCCGCCCUGGCUGCCCGCCUGGUCUCAGGUCUCCCUCUGGGGAGGGGAGGGGUCUGCUCAGGACCCCUCAGCACCUGCCUGGGCCAGAAGGAGGGGAGUGUGUUGAGGAGCAGAGAGGUAUGUGCCCACAGGGCCGCUGCCAUGCGGUCCUGGCUUUCUGAGUCUGGGUGGCAGCCACUUGGCUCCCAGACUCAGUUCUGAGAUCCCAGGCCCACCCAUUUCGGAUCCAGACCACCUCCCACUGCCCAGCUGCUGGGGGCUUCACUUCUCAUCACCCCGAGUAGCCUCCCUGGAGAGCUGACUCCCGUGUCUACUGAGGGAGGUGGCAGGUGGAUGUGCCAGGGGGCACCCAGAGGAACCUUUGGCCCUCGGGAAAGCGGGCCUUCUCCCUCUGGGAGCCUGUGUCUAUGGCUCGAGGCCAGGAAGCCUUGAACUUAGGCCUGCUUGGUCAGGAUGCUUGUGUUCUCCCCAGAAGACCCCGUCCCCUCCUGCAAUGUUCUCCAGGUCUGCCCGUGAGAGCCGGUCAGGCUGGUCCCCACCAAGCAGGGAUCGAGCGCCUGCACACGUGUGGCCUUGCAGCCUUGUGCAGAGCUGGCAUGCCUGGAUCUGUGUCUGCUUCUGCAGCUGUGAGCGUCCUGAGCAGGAGCCCGCUUUUGUAGACAGCUCUGUUGUUUUCGGAGGGCUUCCCAGGUGGCACUAGUGGUAAAAAGCCCGCCUGCCGGUGCAGGAGACGUAAGAGACGCAGGUUCGAUCCCUGGGUUGAGAAGAUCCCCUGGAGAAGGGCUUCGCAACCCACUCCAGUGUUCUUGCCUGGAGAAUCCCAUGGAGAGAGGAGCCUGGUGGGUUACAGUCCGUGGGGUCACACAGAGUCAUUACUAACGCGACUUAACACAGUGGUUUGAGACCUGCCUUGCUUCCGGUCUCUGCCAGCAGGGGGCAGUGAGGGCACAGGUCCUCUCCCCGCUCCCCUUGGUGCCACCCAGCAGCCACCCUUCUAGGGGUGUUUCUUCAGGGGCUUUCCUGUCUGGCGAUCAUAACCGGAAUUGGGGUUUGUAGUCUGUUCACUGCGUGGGGAAAGGGGCCCUGAGUGUAUCUGCCACAUGGCCCAGGGUCUCAGUUCCUAAAACCGUGAGCUGUCCUUUGCUCCCGUCUUCCCCUGGACUCCUUGGUGCAAGACGUCUUGUUCUUAAUGUGCAGAGACACCGAUCAAGAAACAUUGUCUUACAAGCUACAUUCCUGCCUUUCACUCGAGGUCUUUGCUCCCAACAGCGUGUGUUCGUUUGGUCAUUUGGCAAGUCAUUUUAGGUCUGGCUUAGAGAAUAUUUUAAAAUUUUAUAUGAGUGGAAACUUCUUUUAAGAAUUUUCUUUUUAACUCCUGGCAGAGUAAACAGGUGUUUUUAAAGCUCUCCACUGUCAGAGCCAAGCAGAGCCCUGUGCUCAGGGAGGGGCCCCAAGAUCCAGGGUUGCAGGGAAGGAUGCUCCCGGCCCCUCAGCAGCCCAAUUUUCUGCAGCAGGAAACACUCUUGGGAGGACAUGCCAUGAGCCACUCAGCCUGCCCGGGGGCAGCGCUGUCCUGCGAGAGCUCCCUCCGCCCGGCAGGAUCAGGCAGACAGAGGGGGCACACCACCCUAGGGCCCUUUGCUCGGGAGCCCCCAGACAGGGGUCUUGGUCCUCGUGCACCCAAGGAUACAGAGCUGGGUCAGCGGGGUCUGGACCACUGUUGCUUUCUCGCCCAGCCCCCAGCUUCUGGCACGAGGAAGGUGAGUGUGGGUCAUGACCAGGAUGGAGGAGGGACAGACGAAGGGAAUGGAUGAGCCUGGCAGCAGCGCCACCAGUGUGCCCCCAAAGAGUGAAGAGGGGAUAGAGGCAAUUUGUGCAUUUCCGCAAAAUACCUGGGACCAUUGUCUUGGUGAUGGGAGGCGUCAAUGUUGAUGCUGGGGAGGUAGAAGUGAAUUCUUACUUCGCUCCACGCAGCCCCUGAAGGAUAAGGGUGUGUAGGUGGCGUGUUGAAUGUCUUUGGCUUCAAAGCUGCGUACUUCUAGAAUUUCACUCGGGGUUUCCUGCAACAGUUACAAACCUGGACCCGCAGGAGGACUGAGGCUCUGACUCAGGCCAGUUGGUGCCGACGCUGUCCUUCCAGAAUCUGGGAGAAAUGAUACAGCCUCGGGACCAGAGGGGCUCCCUGCGGUUCCAGCGAUGGUUUCACUAGCCCUGUGCUCUAUGUGCCAGCCCCACCUACUGUGCGCCUGUGGAUGUGUUUUAAACAUAAACCCCUUGCAGCGCUGUCGAGGCUGUGUCUGUCUGUUCUGGUCUUACUGACUUAUGAUUAUCACAAAUAAAUAUUUUCAUGGUGA